GUCGCGUUCGCCAACAACCCCAUCACGGGCUUCCUCAUAAUGGCCGGGAUGUUCGUCGGCAACAUCAACGUGUUCUGGGCGUGUCUCCUCGCGGGCGUGGUGGGCGUUGCGUUCAGUAAGGUGCUCAACCAGCCGGAGAACCUCAUAAGUGACGGCGUCGUGGUGUUCAACGGCAUCCUGGUGGGCUGCAUUUCGGUGGCUGUGUUCCCGCCUCUCUCGGGACACCAGAUCGACUCCCUCUUCUGGCUAUACGUCACCAUUGCUGUUGUCAUAACAUCCUACGUGGACAAAGGCCUCAAUGCUCUCAUGGCGGCUUCGAAGCUCCCAGCUCUGUCCAUCCCGUUCAACUUUUCCGCCGCCAUUAUGCUACUGAGCAUGCGCAGCGCCGCCAACCUCCAGGGCGCCCAACUCCCGGGGGUCGACGGCGCCAACGGGACAGCGGAGGUCAAUGUCACGCAGGAGAUAGAGUGGGGGAAGGUGUUCGAGGGCACACUUCUGGCUUCGGGGCAGAUCUAUGGCGUUGGCACCGUCGACUCUUCCAUCCUUGUCUGGCUUGGCUUCUUCCUGUUCUCUCCUCUUCUCACUGUCUUCUUCUACAUGGGGAGCGUCAUUGGCACUAUGAUCGGGUUGCUGGUGAGUACCGCGCCCUACACAGAUGUCUAUCUAGGACUUUGGGGCUACAAUGCUAUGCUGUCAGCUGGAGGCCUCUCGUAUUUCCUGGUCCCUCUGCCAGGUGUAUUCGUGGGUGCUAUUGUUGCAGCUUCCCUGGCAGGCGCAGUCCAGGCCGCAACAGUGCAUAUAUUUUCAGCGACAGCUGUUCCGGUGUUCUCAUACCCUUUUAACGUGGCGACUCUGCUGCUCCUCGCCAUCAGCACGUCAGACGACCCGCCUUUUGUGUGGGUCGGGAACAAGACUUUUCCUGAACAGCACCUCGUCAGGUACUUCAGCGAGGAGAAGAGGCUACAGAACGAACGCAGUCUGCCUGAAACGGAGGAACCGCUACAAACUAUUGUGAAAUAAGUUCUAUGAAGUGGUUGUUGCAGAGUUUCCACUGAUAUUUCCUCAAAAUCGCUUGAUUGAACGUUAAAAGCUGUUAGAUACAAGAGAAAAAGUACCUCUUUGUUCCCGCUAGAAAAGACUUGAAUAAUCGCUAUGUAGCGUGUAAUCUUUCCAAACUUUCCCGCUAAAUCUCAGGAACUCUAAAUCUAGCGUGAAAGGCGCUAGAAUGGCAACACUGGGCAGUUGGCUUAGCAGUUGUAUGUAAAUUAAGGGCAGUUGUGUGUCCGUUUGUUAGGUGUAUAAUCCCAUGGCGUUAUUUUUACGCUAUCUUUGUUUUAUCUUAGUGUUGGUAGUACUGACGCAGCGAUAUAAUUUUGUCUUUGCCAUUGCACUUCUUAUUUCUAUUUUUUUUGUUAUUAUUAUGGUCAUUAUUACUAUUAUUAUCGUCGUUAUCAUUCUUAUCAUCACUGUUAAUCAUUAUUACUUUUUUAUUGUUAUAAUCUUCGUAACCAUUAUCAUGUGUUCGUAUUUUCACUGUUUAUAUUCCUCUCUACUUUUCUUGUCAUGCGGAUUUCCAUAGAGAUAUAUAUUCCCAUAGAGAUAUAUAUUCCCAUAGAGAUAUAUAUUCCCAUAGAGAUAUACAUUCCCAUAGAGAUAUAUAUUCCCAUAG